AUGUGGGAUACCCUAUUCCGCCUAGAGGCCUGCGAGGCUGAUGCCGCCAUUGAUGCACUUCCAUUUCUUCCCGAAAAUCCACACACACCACAGUUCCGUUUCAAACAUGCGGCUGUUAGCACAGUACAGGAUACAUUUCCCUCUACAUUUCGUUUCUAUUCUAGCUACGUAUUCCUGCAUAUCUUCACUGCACUACAAGUGAUUCUGGGAAUUUUCACAUUAUAUAUUUUUAAUUACAUGGGAACGAUUCGAUACUAUUAUGGUCCAAAGUUUAUUAUUGUACAAAUCAAUGAAAAUGUAUCCUCUUCUUCUUCUUCCUCUUCCUCUUCCUCUUCCUCUUUUCAGGAGUGGGAAAAACAAUUGCAAGUAGUACAAAAUCCUAGAAGAGCUAUGGGUUGUGUUUAUCUUGCCAUUUCUUCUUUUGGUAUUUUCUUUGUCAUAUUUCUUGCUCUAUAUGUUGUUAUUACAAACAGCGAUUGGUGUUUAUCUCUGGAAAUGAAACGCUGGUCGUCUGUCCAGGAAAGUAACUUCCAGAGAGAGAUCAUGCGUGAUGCGAUGACAACGUUUGAGUCACGGGAUUCAACUUUCUCUAAUCUUAACCGUCGUCAUCCUCAUCAGCAUCGUCCUUAUAAUGAUAAUGAUCAUUAUCAUUAUUAUUAUGAUCAUGAUCAUCAUCAGAUGGGGCAGAGGGAGAAGCAAGUUUAUUCUGCCAAUGAGAGUAGUGGUUCUCGUCUCCGUCGACUGGGUGUUCGAUGGGUCUCCUGUACGCGACCUUAUUACGCUUUUCCAUCCCGUUAUCUUAGUGAUUUUGAUUAUCGACAUGAUCUUCAUGUGAGGUAUGGUUCUUAUGCAACUAGACGUGAUCCAAAGCGAAUUAUUUUCUAUUUAUCAACUCCUUUUGUACUUCUUUUAACUAUUAUUGAUAUUAUAACAGUGGAUGAUAUGCGGGUGAUGGGAGUGCAAAUAACGUUUUUGCAAGGGUUGUUAUUGGCCUGUGGUCCAUUGUUUUUACUGUAUGUGGUACAGAAUAUCUUGAGAAGAGGGUUGACGUGUGAAAAAACUUUUGUUAGAGAUCUUGUGAAUGUCUUGGCGGCAUAA